AUGGACAGGCAUGCUUUGGCUGUUAUGGAAGCUGCGGAGUCAUGGGACUGGCCUCCCACCUAUCGCAUUCGAGCCUCAGGAGACCGAGGUAGCGAGUUCAAGGCUAUCAUGCCAAGACUCUUGUCUGGUUUUGUCGCCGAGUCACAAGCAUUAGGGGGAACCUUAGUUGAUCGAUUCUGGGUCGUGGUUGGGAAAUGUCAUCCCCGGCUUGAGGAAAAUAUUAAGAUCCUUCGGCAUGCAGAAUUUUCCUCCCCUCUUCAUUCUGAGACGGUAUUAUUCGAAGGGGUCGAUCGAGAAACAAUCAACUUCUCUCCAAUAUUUCAGAUGGGCGCAGAACUUUUUACCCAUCUUUGCGUUGCUUUUAUGAGUCCCGGUAGUCGUAAAUCUGGGAGCGGCACACCCUUCCCAGUUAACGAUCUAAUUGAAAAAGAUACGGACGAGCUCCUACAGAUGGCUGCCUCAGAAGGGCGAGGGACUGGGAAGCAAGCUGCUCUGGAAGCUCUGCCUGAUACUAUCAAGUGUAUUGCUAUGCUCGCUGGGACAGCUGUCCGUGACCUUGUUCUUGAACAGUUGGAUGACCUAGGCAACCUUAUACAUGUCGAAUCAAAUGCGCAUGCUGCAUAUGAUGACAUUUACUGGGGAAUUGAGGCCCGUAACGAGAACGGAAAGAUUAAAUACAUCUAUAGGAGAGUUCCCUAUGAGACUGAGGAGGGGCCCGGAAUCAUUCGCCUCCGCGAUGGGGAUCAGAUUGUCUUCGGAGGAGGCCCUGAGGCAGCACGACUUGGACCAGGCCCCAAUCCGUUACUCUGUAACCUCCGGCUUGCUGUGGCUCGGGUCUUGAGGAUGAGUGGCGCUGCGGACAUUAUUGCACAGAUGAUAGAUGAUGGAGAUGACACAGAUUUUCCUCACGUUUACAUUGCAUCGCCAGCGUUUUGUGACAUUCUUACUGCUCAACUCCAACUUGCAGGGGGUGUUCUUCUGUAG